AUGGUGCCUCUGCGGUGGUGGCUGCUGUGGCUGCUGCUGGCGCUCGGCUCACGGACCCAGAAGCUGCCCACGCGCGACGAGCUCUUCCAGAUGCAGAUCCGGGACAAGGCGUUUUUUCACGGCUCCUCGGUGAUUCCAGACGGGGCUGAAAUUAGCAGCUACCUCUUCAGAGACACGCCCAAAAGGUACUUCUUUGUGGUGGAAGAAGACAACACCCCGCUGUCGGUGACGGUGACACCCUGCGACACGCCCCUGGAGUGGAAGCUGAGCCUGCAGGAGCUGCCGGAGGAGGCCAGCGGGGAGGGCUCAGGUGAGCCGGAGCCGCUGGACCAGCAGAGGCAGCAGGUGACGAGGGAGAGAGGCACGGAGCUGUUCUCCUACAAGGGCAACGACGUGGAGUCCUUCCUGUCUUCCAGCUCCCCCUCUGGCUUGUACCAGCUGGAGCUCCUGUCGACCGAGAAAGACACGCACUUCAAAGUCUACGCCACCACCACGCCGGAGUCUGACCAGCCCUACCCAGAGCUGCCGUACGACCCCAGAGUGGACGUAACGUCCCUGGGGCGCACCACGGUCACGCUGGCCUGGAAACCGAGCCCCACGGCCUCCCUGCUGAGGCAGCCCAUCCAGUACUGCGUGGUCAUCAACAAAGAGCACAACUUCAAGAGUCUCUGCGCAGUGGAGGCGAAGCUCAGCGUGGACGACGCCUUCAUGGUGGCCCCGAAACCGGGCCUGGACUUCAGCCCCUUUGACUUCGCCCACUUCGGAUUCCCGUCGGACAAUUUGGGUAAGGACCGCGGCUUCCUGACCAAGCCGCCUCCCAAACCGGGCCGCCCCGUCUACUCGCGGCCCAAGGCCGACAUCCAGAAGAUCUGCAUAGGGAACAAGAACGUCUUCACCGUGUCGGACCUGAAGCCUGACACGCAGUACUACUUCGACGUCUUCGUGGCCAACAGCCGCAGCAACCUGAGCACGGCCUACGUGGGCACCUUCGCCCGCACCAAGGAGGAGGCCGAGCAGAAGACGGUCGAGCUGAAGGACGGGAGAGUGACGGACGUGUUUGUGAAAAGGAAGGGGGCCAAGUUCCUGCGGUUCGCGCCCGUCUCCUCUCACCAGAAGGUCACCUUCUUCGUCCACUCCUGCCUGGACGCGGUGCAGGUCCAGGUGAGGAGAGAUGGGAAACUGAUUCUGUCGCAGAACGUGGAAGGCGUUCGGCAGUUCCUGCUGCGGGGGAAGCCCAAGGCCAAGUACCUCAUCCGCCUGAAGGGCAAUAAGAAGGGGGCGUCGAUGCUGAAAAUUCUGGCGAGCACGCGGCCGGGCAAGCACGCCUUCCCCUCGCUGCCCGAGGACACGAGGAUCAAGGCCUUCGACAAGCUGCGCACCUGCUCGUCGGCCACCGUGGCCUGGCUGGGCACGCAGGACCGGAACAAGUUUUGCAUCUACAAGAAGGAAGUGGAUGACAACUACAACGAAGACCAGAAGAAAAGGGAACAGAACCAGUGCCUGGGGCCGGACACGAGGAAGAAGUCAGAGAAGGUCCUCUGUAAGUACUUCCACAGUCAGAACCUGCAGAAAGCGGUGACCACAGAAACAAUCAAGGGGCUGCAGCCGGGCAGAGCUUACCUGCUGGACGUGUAUGUCGUGGGGCACGGGGGGCACUCGGUGAAGUACCAGAGCAAGGUCGUGAAAACCAGGAGGUUCUGUUAG